GUUCAGAGUCCUUACCCUCUGCUCUAGUGUUUGGUCAUUUUGGUGCGUAAAGACUUGCUAGACCAACCCAGACAUGGAUUUAACUGAGGCUGCAUCUGAUCAGAACAAUUGUGGCAUUUGCAGGACUAGCCUGAGAAGAGGGCUAAGCGAAGCCAUCUUCACUGCUGAAUGCUUGCACAUUUUCCACUAUCAUUGCAUUCUCAACAAUGCAAAUCUUGGAAACCUUUGCUGCCCUGUCUGUUUGGCGAAGUGGAAUAAGGAUAAUGUACCUUUCCAGGUUCCUCCUCCUCAAAACAACAACAAGGGCACAAUCCCUCUUCACUUUCCAUACUUGUCGCAACAACUACCCUGUUGGCAAUCUAUGCAUGAACCCCCUGAGCCACCAACCUUUUCUGACGAUGAACCUCUCCCACAGUGUACCUCAUCCAUUCAAUCCUUUUCCCCUCAAAGUAUAACAGUCAAGACUUAUGCUGAGUUCUCUGCUAUUUCUUCUGCCGAAACUGUGUCCGGAUUUCCUGUUCUUGUCAGCAUUGUUGCACCUUCCCUUCAAGAUUCUGAGGGCCAUGGCCGUACGCCAAUUGACCUUGUAACAGUUCUAGACGUAAGUGGUAGCAUGGAAGGCACAAAGCUUUCCCUUCUCAAGCAAGCUGUCACUUUUGUCAUAGAAAACUUGGGGCCUUUGGAUAGACUUUCUAUAGUUUCAUUCUCAUCUAGUUCUAAACGAGUCCUUCCUCUCCAGAGAAUGUCUAUUGAUGGCCGUGAAAGUGCCAUUUCAGCCAUCCAGUCUCUUAGAGCAGAUGGUGGAACUAACAUUGCAGAAGGACUGAAGAAAGGAACUAAAGUCCUUGAAGAUCGCAGGGAAAGAAACCCAGUUUCAAGUAUCAUCCUCUUAUCUGAUGGCAAAGAUACCUACAAUAUAACUGCAAGUCGACUGUUAAACCAGUUACCUAAUUCGCUUCGUUCUAGAGACAUGCAACAAGAAAUUUCAGUCCAUGCAUUUGGAUUUGGUUUAGAUCAUGAUCCGAAAAUUAUGCAUUCUAUAUCUGAUGUUUCAGGUGGCACUUUUUCGUUCAUUGAAUCAGUUGGAAUGAUACAAGACUCAUUUGCUCUGUGUAUUGGUGGUCUUCUCAGUGUUGUAGCGCAAGAAGUUCGCCUAACAGUAAAGUCUGCCUCGCCUGGGGUCAAGAUUUUAGUGAUACCAUCAGGGAGAUAUGUGAAUGAGAUCUCUGAUGAGGAUCAGCACGGUGUUAUUCAUCUUGGAAAUAUGUAUGCUCAAGAGGGGAAACAAUUUUUGGUCUACCUCUUAGUUCCAGAAUCCUCAGCUUCACAUACUAAGAUGUCAUUGCUAGAUGUGUUAUGCAUGUACAAAGAUCUAGCUUCAAAUGAGCUGAUGGAGGUGCAAGGUGAGAAAAUAGAGAUACUGAGACCUGAGGUUUGUUCCCCUGCUGAAAAGAUAGUCUCUUUGGAGGUUGAUCGACAGCGGAACAGAAUUAUGGUGGCUGAAGCCAUUGUUGAGGCCCAAAGGUUGGCUGAGGUGGGAAAUCUGGAGGCUGCACAUGCGCUUUUGGCUCAUCGUAAAGAAAUGCUCUUAACAUCUCCAGCAUCUCAAGCUGGGGAUUACCACAGUAAUUUGUUUGAAACUGAGCUUAGAGAAAUCAUGGAGAAAAUGUCAUCUAUGCAGUUGUAUAAACAAUCCGGGCACGCUUACGUCCUUGCAGGAAUUAGUUCCCAUAUGUCACAAAGGGCCACUACUAGGGGUGACACAAGAGCCUCCUGUCUCAAUGCAGGUUCAGUUGGCUCUAGGAGGAGGGGUCCUCGCAGUCGCAGUAGCUACAGGUUUCCAAAUGCUGCUCCAAGUGAGAUGUGUCAACCACCUGCAGCGGUUGGUGUUUUCGAAACACCUUCUAUGGUCAGAAUGGUACGAAGAUCACAGAAGAGAAAUCAACCUGCAGGGGCAUACUAAUACUAGUGAUAAUUCUGCAUAGGUGGUCUUCAGACCGGCGUGUG